UAUAAUAGGCAGUCGCGUAAAACCCCGCCGUUUCCGAAAAGAGGAAUAAUUGGAAUAAAUGAAUAUUAAUAAACAAUAUAAAAAUGACGGCCGUAGAAUGACGACCACCAUACGAAUCGCUGCAGAAUAUGAAUGUAAAUUCGUAGGAAAACGCCGGACGCGCGUUGAAGGCUCUACCUGGAAACGGUCGCGUGCAAUUUAUCGUUUUUAACGUCCGAUUUCUCCGCUCUYGUUCGCCGGAUCGUUGCCUGAUCGGAAAACGUUUUCUGUCGAAUCAAACAUUUAAACAUCCGUUUGCGACCCAGACGAUCGAUAAUUAUUUUCACUUGACACUUGUCAGUUGCCAGYCCGGUGCGUCUACCUACGGGCRAAACAUGAACUUCGUCGUCGAUCUGAAUAACAAAACCGCCGGCCGUGACAGAGUAGCGAGGUUUGUACAAUAUGGUUCAAAAACAACAUGGCAUUACAUGGAAAAACAUGACUUUGACGUCAAAUCAAUUAAAAAGUUCAAACAACUUGAACAAUCCUUGGCAGCUUUUCGUAAAGUGUUAAGAUUUGGCCGCUUUAUUGAUUCCUUGCAUACUGCAUUGCGGACUAUUAACCAUUCAGAUAAAACUAUUAGAUAUUGUGUGACGUUUUCAAAGAUAGCUCAUUCUUUGUAUCUGUUUUGUGACCAUUGCUUAUGGUURAAUAGAAAUAACUUUUUACAAAUAAAUGCCCCAAAAUGGGGUCAAACAAGCAAUCGGUAUUGGCUCUUAUCUAUAAUAAUGAAUCUUGUCAGAGAUUUUGUGGAGUUGAACAAUAUACUAAAAGCAAUCCUGGAAAAAAAAAUUUUAAACACUCUGAAUAGAAAAGUAACUCCUAAAGACAUAUUUACUGGUGAAGCAGUCCAAUUUGUUCGUUCUCAUAAAGACUUGUUAAUUGAUACCGUAAAAAAUAGCUGUGAUAUAAUGUUACCAUUGUCAAACUUAGGAUUUAUUAGGUUAAGUCCAGGUACAAUAGGUGUAGUUGGCAUGAUAUCAUCAGUGCUUAGUUUGUACACACUUGUGGACCAGAAAGCCAAGUUACCUUAUACGUGAAUCAUUUGUUGUCAUUUAAAUUACCUUUUGAUAAGUAAAAAAGUAGCAAUAUCAGAGUUUAAUAAAUAUUAGGGUAUCUUUUAUGACACAAGUUUAAUUUUAUAACACUAA